GAGAUCAAAGCUAAAUUCAUGAAUGUCAUAAAUUUUCUAACAUUCGUAAAUAGAAAUCUUUCCUCCUACAAACACGAUCGCUUUCCUCUAAUUCUUCACAAUCAAAAUAAUACUUACACCUGCCGAACUGCUUUUAAAUCUUGCAUAUUUUUGUGUUAAGACAAAUGGCCCGAGGACAUCAAAAAAUUCAAUCGCAGCAAAAAGCCCAGGAGAAGGCAGCUAAGAUGAAAAAGCAACAGGGUCAUGGACUAAGUGAUCAGAUGAAGGCAGCUCAAAAAGCACUCGUAUUUUCUUGUGCUGUGUGUAAGUCUCAAAUGCCGGAUCCCAAAACCUAUAAACAACAUUUCGAGAACAAGCAUCCCAAAUCCGAGCUUCCUGCGGAUCUAAAAGACGUAUAACGGAACUUUUGAGUCAACGGUGAACUGCAAAAUCGUUUUCGAUGGCUAAAGUAAAGGAGAUGAAAUAUGUUUUAUUUUAUUCAUAAUAUGCAACAGUAAAUACAAACGGAAGAUCCAAUUCCGCAUCGUAAAAUUAGACGUUUGUAAUGACUGCUGGAAUAAUAUGUUCAACAAAUUUUGCGGUAAUAAGAUAUUAACUGGAAAAUGUAAUUAUACAAAUACGAUUUCCUUUGCAUUACGAUUUUCGAUAUUUCUCUUGCUCUCAGCAACAUAAAAGCAAAUGAGCAGUUUCAAUUGUAGCAAAAUUUACAACACUAUAAUAUAUGUUAUGUCCAAUAAACGGUAAAUCAUUACGCAGAUAUCUGUAACAAA